AUGGGCUUUAGCAGUCGCCGCCCAGUUCUGCCUGCACCGACCGAGUCUCUUGUAGACGGAUCCGCCGACGAAGCUGGUCCUGCCACAGACAUUGACCUGGGCACCGAUCUGUCUCGACGAAGCGAAAAGACGUCCCAAACCAUCCCCGACGACGGAAGCCCCAUCACCAUCACCACCGCUCCGAAGCACAAGUCCGGAAAACUAUCCAAGUCCGGCCACCAGUCUCAAACCUCGCUGCUGAUAGAGUAUUUUGAAGGGAGUAAGAGCUCGGAAGGUGGACAGCGGCGGCCCAGCCUACGAGUGCGCUAUACACCAUCUCACUCUCGGAAGAAUAAAGAGAAAGGGGACGGGCAUAUUCUGGUCACUGAGUCGCCAACAGCGAGGCGGCCUUCACUCAGUCAUCAUAUACCUCUUGGUGGAAACGACACACUUGCGCAAAACGUCAUUGAAGGUAGCAUCAGUUCGCUGGAUACUGCCGACGACUUCAGACCCUCUGUUCCAGUUGAAAUCGAAGUUUUGCAGCACGACGAUAGCGAUCGGUCCGUUCUCAGCCCACCUCCCGAGACCAGGUCGAUCAUCCCUGAGUCGGACAUCUCGUCUAUGCCGGCAGAGAGUUCGUUGGGACCCAGCACCUCUUUGAACAUGGCUCCAACAAGUGUGAGCAUCGGCCGAGGCCCGUCUGCCGAUGGUGCCUCUCUGAAGCCACCCAUGAUGCCCACCGAGCGUAAUUUGAGCAAUGAACGCAUUACACAAAAAGUCAUCGAAAAACUGAACAACAAACCACGUGUGUCAAGCAGUGGAAAGCGCCACCACAGCAGCCACAGCGGGAGUAGAAGCACUGUGAGCAGAGAGCUUGAAUCAACCACUUCCGAGCCGCGCAUUCGGGUGACUAAGACGGUUGAUGAUGAUUCUUUACCCAGUGUCACUGGAUCCAGCCUGGUCAGCGGCUCUCACUUGUCCGCGGAUCCGCGUGGAGCAGACCAGCGAUCGGUACGCUCCGGUGCCUCAAACGUGUCGAUCACCAACAAUCCAAAACUCCUGCAAACGGUCGAAGAUGCAAUCCGACGGCUGAUCCUGCCAGAGCUUAACGAACUUCGACGGGAUCAAAAACACUCCCACCAUACCAGGCAUGAGAAAUACAGCAAUCCCUCUGAUAUCUCUUCCAGUUCCCUAUCGCGCGAGGAGAGGUCACGCCGAAAGUCGUCGGGCAGUAAGUCAAAGCGUCGAGUGAGUCGAGAAUCAGGGUCAGACUUGCCUUCAGAGUCCCGCCGGCAUCGGCGCCACAAAAUCACCGAAUACGACUCGCCUUCUGAGCAGAGCUACGAGCCAUCAGAGUCUCAUGACAGCAUCCGCGAGGAGAAGAGGUCGCACAGACACAAGAGCAGCCGUCCCCGCGAGGCCGUGGCUGCGGUCGUUGGUGGUGCCGCCUUGACGGCUGCCGCGCUCAAAUCGCACGAUUCUGGAUCUAGCCUUGAGCAUUCAGAGCAUCGUAGACGAAGAAGGAGCAAAAGUCGCAGCAGUCGUAGCGCAAGCCUUGCCGACAAAGAUGAUGCUUUCCAGAAGCAUCAGGUGCCUGCCAUGCCUUUUGUCAGCGAGAUCGGUACAGACCUCACGCGAAGUUCAUUGAAGUCCUCAAAUGAUGGACGUGCUGAGACACCGACACGACGAGAGGUGCGUGAGGUAAUACGCGGAUCCCCUCUGGAGCUUUCGUCACCAGCGUCGCAAACGACACCCACCGGCAAUGGAUUUGACCUGAAGAGAGGACUGGGCACGCACCAUGGCAACUUCUCAGAGCACGACUUGUCCGCUCAUGACCUGUCAUCCAGGAGAGACACUCUUGACGAGAGCACUCUGGAAAAGCCUCGCACUUCUGAAGAACUCGACUUCAGCACCCAUGGUUUUGCAGCCCUUACGGAUCCAGAACGGGCCCGCCAAUACGAGAGAAAUCUCCAUCAGCAACAUCCCAUCAGGAGAGGGCUUAGCCCAAUCCAGAGUGUGGCUAGCUAUGCAACGACAGAACCGAAUCGCAACUCUCUGAUGCAGCCGCGCAGCUCUGAAUCCUUGCAGCGGUCGCCCGGAAAGCAUUCUCGGCUUCAUGACCAAGUUUCUGUCUCUUCUCUUUCAUCGGCACCAAGCACUGAUCUUGCUGGGUCAAGGCGACGCCAAGGAAUGAGCCUGGAAAGCCGGAGUGAGGUCAUGGCACAACAUGCAGAGUCAAUCGAAAGCACUCCUCGACAGAUGGAUGCUCAAGCUGUGUUCGACGAGCAGCACCUGGAGAACGAGAGCUAUCGUGGCUCGCCGUAUAUAGACAAAGUCACAGCAGGGCAACAGGUCGUUGCGAGGGGGAUCGGGGCCACCGCUGAGUAUUUCGAGGUCCCAACAGGCGUGGAGUCGGCCGUUGCGUCCUUGAUUGAACCUUCUCUUCUCUCUGCGGAUCAUAGCUACUCACCGCGCCACAGUCAAGCAGGCUCGGUGGGCGCCCGCGAGGUUGCAAGCCCUUCCUCGUCCCAUCAUGGUUAUGUCUCCGGGCACAGUGGCAGUCCUCUCAAGCAAGAGAUCUCGCAUCGCAGCGAAAGUGCGCACGGUGAUCAUCAAGGCGCAACCGCUUUUGUAUCGUCACCGAUGCAGAGCCCUGCUCGCUCGCUUGAACAUGUCCAGCAGCAUCCCAACAAGGUCUCGCAGCCGGCUCCGCUGGCAACGGAGAAUGUGCCCAGCGGUCAGGUCGAACUCUCACCCGAAUCCGACAUUACCACGAAUCCAUCAAUUAUUCGAGGUCCAAUUGGCGGUCUCGCACCAGGCAGCACUGAACACUGGCCUUACGAUCCAACACCUCCACAUUCUCGAGCCAACCUGGUACUACCGCCUGUGAGCCGUGACCUAGGCUCAGCGGGGGCAGAUCUCAUUCCUGAGCCCUUGUCCACGAAUCGUGACCAUGACUUGGACGGGAAAAGAGAUCUGUACACGCAACGCAGGCCUCUGUCGACUCCAUUGGGCGCUGGGGAUGAAGGCUAUGAGACGGGUGCUAAUGUGCCAUCCCCGGGCCUCUACUCGCAGGGCCGAGGAAUUCGUGAGGAUGCGUACGCGUCAGAUAUUCCUCCUGACGACGCUGCCCUAGCCGACGAUCCUUUUACCACCCAACGAGGCCAAUAUGUCAGCGGUCUCUCCCAUGGAUUGUCGCCCAUGUAUGACAAUGCAACGGGUCAUGGCCGCGACAACAUCCACUCAAAAGAUAUUGUCGCUCUCAUGGAUCACCUGACCAUGCGGGACGCUCAGCGGAAUGCGAGAGACACUGAAAUCUUGGUUACCCUAGUCAGAAGUGCUGCCGAGAUGCGCAACUCAUUCGAAGACAUGAAGAAAUUCAUUGCCGAGCAAGGAGACAGCCUUGCGGAUACUUCCGAGAAGCAGCAUCAGCGGACACAGAAACUCAUCAGUGGUCCUCGACCACAGCCCGUCAGCCGCCCUACCUUGUCAGCCACAUCGGAGGACGACGUACCCGCGAAGCGACGCAACGUCUUCCAGCGCGCUCUUCGGGGCCUCGGCACUAAGAAUUCUGUCGACUUGCAGCACAUCGAAACCAUGCUCAUGCGGCUUCUGGACGAGGUGGAAGCCCUACGCACGCUCCAACCCACGGCGGCCGCCAGAGAGCCACCUAGAUCUACUAGCCUGACUUCUGCGGAUAAUGCUCGAGCAGCAACGGAGACAGGCUACGAACCGGAAGGUCAAGCAGGCACGUCGUCAACCGGUGAUCGAUCUGGGUUCUUCUCAAACAACUCGUCCCGGCAGGCCGACUACCGCAACUAUAGCACUCAUCGAGACUCGGCCAACCGUGUCAGCACAGUAAUGGAAGGAGACGAAGAGUAUGACGACUACGGAGACCAUCUGGGUAAUACCACCCCCGGAAACAGGCAGAACGUCAGUCAUACGCCGCUGGCGACACCACCGAGAAAUGCUGCAAACGUACAAGCCAGAGGAAGUUCGGUGCCGUUGAACACUCCGCCUCGGAUGCACGAUCAGAAUUUGGCAUCGCUGAGCAACGAAAAUACACCUCAUCUCUCCACAGGUGACGGGUCGGGCAGGAAACACAAGUCUUUUGCAUCGUCCUUUUUUCCGAAGAUGGUCUCUCGAUGGUCCAAGACCACUACAUCUUCCGACAAUUAUCGCGCCAGUCAACAGCGAGUUCGGCCUUAUUCAGAGCAUUCUCGAUCGGGCUCUAACUUGGAUGAGUAUGAGUACGAGCAUGACCCACAGGGUGACGACCGUCUUCGGUCGAAUACAUCAUUUCAGCGAGACCAGUAUGCAGAUGAAAAUCGGCCACCCUCUCCCCUGAUCCCCAGUCAGUUGUCCGACAACCCCAAGUAUCAGGCCCAUCGAAACAGCAUCAACCUUCAGCAUCCGCAACCUCGGCAAGGACCAUCCGGUCGCUUCCAGUCUCGUUUGGAGUCUGAAGCACAGUACUUUGAUGGUGAACAGAUGUCGCCGACCUCACAGACGUCUUCUCAGUGGGAGGCUCACUCAGGCCUUCAGCCACAGCAAACUACGACUCCGUAUGGAAGGAAUCCAAGUCCGCUCUCAGAUACUGCGUACUCGACAGAACAAGGCAUUCACAACGACAACAGGAGCAUUCGUACCGCGAGCUCUCAAGGGCCACCACGCCCGCCCAAGAUUCCCAACGAUGAGCCGUUGGUACCUCAGCGCCCACCCAAAGUCUUGACCAGUCCGCCGGCCUCGAACAGGCAGCAGACCUAUGUCGACCACGUGACUGCAGCGAGAGCUGGCAGCCCUGCAUUUGACAGGACACCAGUCGCAGCACUCAAAUCACCGCAGGGUCAAGUACGAAAGCCAUCUGGUCCGAGGCCGCUUGCGGGAUCAGGCGGGUCCAAAGGCGACUUGAACACGAUCAAGAGAACGCGGUUCAGAGGCAGUCCGAACCAAAUCGACAGCGAGGACGAGGCCACAGCAGCAUACUAG